AUGAUGGCCUCCAAAGUCCUUACUCCUCGCGACACCAACGCGCAAGUCAAGCCCGUGCCUUCACCAGAGAAGGGAUUGGAGAAGAAGGAUGCCAAAAGCCUUGACUACCACCGCCGAGUUCUGCAGUCGCGUCUUGACAGCGAGCCAGAGCAAAAGUUUGUUUCGCCGUCGGACGAAAUCAUGAGCCCCGCUACACAGAAGUUGCAGGCUUUCAAGACCAAACAUGCCAUGAAGAAGUCGAAGCCACAGACGCUGUUCAAGAAGACAAGCUCGAAGAACUUGGAGUCAAACAAAGGCAGCGGCACAUUGAUCUGCAUCUUCGCUCCGACUCACACGAUGACACAACCGUCUUCAGAUGAGAAAGCCCUCGAGGAGGAGAUUGAGAAUCUUGAAAGACGCUUGCACGAUGCGAAAGCCCGACUGAAUCCAGACAAUGUCGCAGCGACACCUUCAUCGCCCGCCAACGACGCAGCACUGCACGCUCUUCUUCUGCUCGCAGACUCUGCCCUGCCACUCGGCUCCUUCGCCUUUAGCAGCGGACUAGAGUCGUACCUCGCCCACCACAAGCCGUCGCCGCCGUCGGCGUCACAGCUGCCCGCGUUCCACACUUUCCUCCGCUUGUCGCUUUCGAGCCUCGCAAGCACAUCGCUCCCCUACGUCCUGGCCGGCUACCGCCACCCAGAGGACAUUGAGACGUUGGACAAUGACUUCGACGCGAGCACGCCGUGCACUGUUGCGCGACGCGCGAGCAUAGCACAGGGGCGCGCGUUACUUGCUGUUUGGGACCGCAGCUUUCGGACGCAGUACAACACGCCCAAGGACCACGCGUCUCAAGAUGCUAUGCAUGGAACAAUGAGUAGCGAAGCGGCUAUCAGCGCGCUCAAGUCGUUUUCCGCUGCCCUGCGUACUUCGGAACUCGUCAACGUGCAUCUCGCACCGCUUUGGGGACUUGUUACGAGCAUUCUGGCCGUUCCGCUGCAACAAGCCGCCUACUUGUUCCUCUUCUCACAUGCGCGGACUGUAGUGAGUGCCGCGGUGAGGGCGAGCGUCAUGGGACCUUACCAAGCCCAAGCGGUACUGGCAAGCGCCGAGCUGCAGGAGAGGAUACGUGGGCUGGUUGAUGAGGGGUGGGACAAGACAGUCCAAGAUGCGGGGCAGAGUGUGCCAGUCAUGGAUCUUUGGGUUGGAAGACAUGAGAAGCUUGCUGGCACCAUGUUUGAUCUUGACUUCAACAAGUGGCUCUUAGUUACCAUCUUUCCCGACUUCUUCAAUAGUGCAGUACAAUCUCGUGUUAACGAGGCUGUCCUCAAAUUCCCAUGGAUCCAACGCUUCGCCUCAGUAGGCGACUCCUACUCCGCCGGUCUCGGGUCAGGAGACCGUCUCGAUUGGCUAUGCUCGCGAUACGCACAAUCAUAUCCAAACAUCCUUCAAGCCUCUCUUCUCGGUGACAACCCUAACCGAACACACCAGUUCCUCGCUUGCUCUGGCGCUACAAGCACCGAGAUCCUCGAAAAGCAGAUUCCUGCUUUGCAGGAUAACCUAGACUUGCUCACUAUGUCCGCCGGCGGAAACGAUAUCGGGCUAACACCUAUACUGAGUAAUUGCGUAUACCAAUUCUACAUGUCAGCCGAAGACUCGUGCCGACAAGCCAUUGACGAAGCGCGCACGAAGAUCGCGAAUGAAACGGAACUCUAUCACAACGUGACACUGCUCAUUGAAGCUGCGAAGCCGAAGAUGAAUCUAGAACAUGGCAUUAUCUAUUACACAGGCUACGCAGGCUUCUUUGGCACUGACGACCAAACAUGCGACAAUGUAACCUGGGCCGUCUGGAAAGACGUGGAAUGGACGAAGCAAUAUCUCAAGCGCGAAUUGAGACUGGAACUGAACAAUAUGGUCCACAACGUCAAUACCAUACUAUCCAAAGCCGUAAGAGAUGCUGGCCCAAAUGUCCGUUUCAUCGACUAUGACGCGCACAUCUCUGCAGCACGCGGUCGGUACUGCGAAAAAGACGUCCUAGAACCUGAUCCCAAUCGCCUCGGUUUGGCAUUCUACGAAUGGAAUACCGUCGAUACAGGCGAAAAUAAGACUGCGCUACAGAACCGCACUGGCGACGAUGUACCUAAACACUCAUUCCAGGGCGGUAUCGCAAGGGAUAUCAACAAGACGCUCGAGCAGCAUCCUGACUGGACAUUUGAUCCUGACAAGGGAUUUGUGAACAAGACGAAAGGAGGAAAAGACGGAGGAAUACAAGGAGAAGGAUGGUUGGGCGAUUCGAUCCACUGGUUGUUGCCGGAUAGCUACAAGAGAGUUUUCCAUCUGAGACCAAAGGGACAUGCGAUAGUGGCGAGGUUGGUGGUUGAAGAUUUACAGAGGCAUGGGCCGCGGUCUCAAGAGGGAGAGGUGGAGGAACUCUAA